AUGAAAGGCAGUUAUCUUGUCCAGGUAGGGCUCGCCUACGGUGCAGCUGUGGCAUCUCUGGCCGUGCUCAAUCGUCGCACCUCCGCGGUCGCGAAUACGAGCCUCAUCAACACUCUUGCGAAUGCGGCAGGUGAUCACGAGGACAUUGGGGGGAACGCAUCGAAUGCCCUGUCGGCCAUUGUCGCGCAGCUCCAGCAGGCUGGCUCGAUCACCGCGCCAGACUCCGUAGAGGAGGCGCUGGCCACGCUCCAACAGGCGGUGCCCGAUGGGCCGGCCAGCACUACAGAUGUGGCUGAAGCAAUCGCCGAGGCUGGUCUCGUGCCCGCCGACAUCCUUUCCUUCUUGAACGGGUACAUGGAUAGCGAACUCAAUUCCGUGCAGAACACGAACCCAGCUCCGACCCAGACCAUAUACCCAUCCAAAGGCCCCGACGACGCCCCAUAUUCCGUUCCCGAACAGAGCCUCCGGGCGGCCAUCUAUAUCCCCGAGACAUUUGGAUACGGGCGCAAUGGCAAAACCCCGGUCCUUCUGGUGCCAGGGACCGCCAUCCCCGCGGGGACCACCUACCAUUAUAGCUUCAGCAAGCUGGGCGACGGCGCCCCCGUCGACGUCGUCUGGCUCAACAUCCCACACGCCUCCCUGUCCGAUGCUCAGGUCAAUGCGGAAUACGUCGCCUAUGCAAUCAACUACAUCGCCGCCCAAACCAACCACUCCCUCGCAGUCCUCACCUGGUCCCAGGGCGCCCUCGAUACACAAUGGGCGCUGAAAUACUGGCCCUCGACCCGGCCCGCCGUGCAAGACUUCAUCGCCAUAAGCCCCGAUUUCCACGGCACGGUCGUCGGCACCCUGGCCUGCCCCGCCCUAACAUACCUCAUCUGCACGCCGUCCCUCUUCCAGCAAGCCUGGAACGCAACCUUCAUCGCGACGCUGCGCUCCGAUGGCGGCGACUCGGCCUACGUCCCCACGACCACCAUAUUCUCGGCCUUUGAUGAGAUCGUCCAGCCCCAGGUGGGACCCGAUGCCUCGGCGCACCUGGGCGACAUUCGCGGUGUCGGCGUCACCAAUGCCCUCGUCCAGGAUGUCUGCGCAGGCCAGCCCGCUGCUGGCUUUUAUACCCACGAAGGCGUGCUGUACAAUCCCCUUGCGUGGGCGCUGGCCCUUGACGCCAUCGCGCAUGAUGGGCCUGGCAGCGUGUCCCGGGUCGACCUCAAGCGCGUGUGUGCGCAGGUACUGGCACCGCAGUUAGGCCUGGGUGAUGUGCUGGGGACAGAAGGUUUGCUUUUGGUUGCGGUUGCCGAGUUGUUGGCGUAUCAACCGAGGAACACAGGCGAGCCGGCGAUUGAGGGCUACGCGGCCAAUGGCUCGCGGGCAGGGCGGUAG